AUGAUGUUCAUUAAGAGAGCGCCGAACGGCCAUGGCUUUGUCAACCCGCGAGAUGUUGAAGAUAUCUGGCGCGACCAUUUUGACUAUUUCUACCGGGAGUAUGAUGAGUUCAUCUUCCCGAUUACGAUCCAUCCAGACGUUUCAGGAAGGCCUCAUGUGCUGCUCAUGCAUGAAAGACUCAUUGAACACUUCAAAAAGCGGCAAUGGAACAGGUUUGCGACGAGUUCAAGAAACUGA